UCUUUAGGUUAGGUUUUUAUUUAUGUUGUGCAAAACAAUGUGAUUCUGGCAUGUUACUGUAGUAGUUAGAAUAAGGGACGAUAUUCAUAUUUUAAUUAGUUUAAGUUAUUAAAUUAUCAUGGAUUCCAAAUACGCUUCCGUCGGUAAGGAAAAAGAAAAUAAAAAAUCUUUUGAAAAUAAUAGCCUUCAUAAGGUUAAAAAAAUGAAAUUGUGUUAUGACAAUAAUGUCAAUCCAACUAAGGAAAAUCAAAAAGAAAGUGAUGUAAAUGGUGUGAAACAGAAUAAUGUUCUGAAUAAUAACUCGUCGAAUGAUAUACCUGAAGACAUUCAGGCAGUAAGAAAAACGUUGCCUGUUUAUGUGGUUCGAGGAAGACUAUUGGAGGAAAUAAAGAAACAUAAUACCAUGAUAAUCAUCGGGGAAACCGGCAGUGGAAAGACAACACAAAUACCUCAACUUAUUUAUGAACAACAAUUAGAGAGUAAAUUUGUUAUAGCCGUAACUCAACCUCGCAGGGUCGCUGCCAUAACAUUGGCUUUACGAGUAGCAGCUGAAAUGAAGACUGAGAUUGGAUCUAUUGUUGGAUAUUCUGUUAGGUUUGAAGAUGUUACAAGUCCUACAACUAAGGUGAAAUAUUUAACAGAUGGUAUGUUACUCAGAGAGGCUGUGGCUGACCCAUUGUUAAAAAGAUAUUCUACUAUUAUUUUAGACGAAGCCCAUGAGCGAACUGUAAAUACUGAUAUACUUUUUGGUAUUGUUAAACUAGCUCAGAAAGAUAGAAAAGAACAGAAACUAAAUCCUUUAAAGGUGAUAAUUAUGUCAGCGACUAUGGAUGUUGAUGCUUUUAGAAACUUUUAUGACAAAUGUCCAGUCAUAUAUUUGGAAGGACGGACUUAUCCAGUUACUAUUUACCAUUCUAAGAUGAGACAUGAAGAUUACCAGUAUGCUGCUGUUUGUACGAUAUUCCAACUGCAUGCAACUACACCUGCUAAUCAUGACUUCCUGGUUUUUUUAACGGGUCAAGAAGAAAUAGAAACAGUAUUGACUAAUAUCAAACAAAUUGCAAAAGAGUCCCCAGGACCUCCAAUCAAAGUUUGUCCAUUAUAUGCAGGAUUACCUGCAUCAAAGCAGUUGCAAGUUUGGAAGAAAACACCUCCUGGCAUGAGAAAAAUUGUCUUAGCGACUAAUAUUGCCGAGGCAUCUGUUACUAUUCCACAGAUAAAAUUUGUAAUUGAUACAGGUGUUGUUAAAGAAAGAACGUGGUGUACGAGCACGGGCGCGGAGCGGCUGGCAGUGCGCGCGUGCUCGCAGGCGGCGGGCUGGCAGCGCGCCGGCCGCGCGGGCCGCACGGCCGCCGGCGCCGCCUACCGACUCUACACCGCGCGGGACUUCGCGGCGCGACUAGCACACAAUGCGCCUGAGAUUGUUAGAUGUCCUUUGACGUCAUCGAUGUUGAUGUUAAUUGCAACUGGAAUGGAUCCUAGCACGUUCCCAUUAAUCGACUCGCCACCGAGGGACUCUACACAAGCUUCAUUACUUCUCUUAAAAGAAUUAGGUGCCAUAGAUAAUGAGAACGAUCCUAAAUUGACAAUUCUAGGAAAGAAAAUGACUGCAUUUCCAAUUGAUCCCAAGUAUUCUAAGGUACUUUUAUGCGCUCCGGAGUACAAUUGCUUAGAAGAGGCUCUGAGUCUGGUAGCGGUAAUGUCCAGCGAAAAUGUGUUUCACACGCCAUUACACAAAAGGGAAGAAGCUUUGAAAGUAAAACAAAAAUUUAUAUCGCCUCUAGGAGAUCAUAUCACGCUUCUGAACGUGUAUAAAGCGUUUUGCAAGGCGCCGCUAAAAAAACAAUGGUGUAAAGAAAAUUAUCUGAAUCACAAGAAUUUGUCAUAUGCAUAUGAAGUGCGAUCUCAACUUCUCUCGGUGUGCCAACGAUUAAAUUUACCGAUCACAAGCUGCGGAACUGUUCUGGACCAGUUGUUAAAGUGCCUUCUAUGUGGCCUGUUCACGAACUGCGCGUGGGCGCGCAGCGGCGCGGGGGGCGCGGGCGCGGGCGGCGCGGGCGGCGCGCGCUACGUGACGAGCGCGGGCGCGGCGGCGGCGCUGCACCCGGCGGGCGUGCUGCACUGCGCGCGCCCGCCGCCCGCGGCCGUGCUCUACACGGAGCUGCUCCACACCAAACGCUCCUACCUCGUGACCGUCUCGGCGGUGCAGCCGCAGUGGUUGCAACAGGUGGCCCCAGAAUUUGCUCGCCGCUGCCGAUCGAAUCGGUGACGAUGACGUAAUAUAAAAAUAAUAUGAACUAACGUUUUGCGACUACGUGCUAUGACCGGGUCCUGUCUCCUGUGUCUCGUUAAAGAUUAAUGAUUCAAUAUUAAGUUUUGACGUGUAUUUGUUUAAGUAAAUUGAAUAGGCUCUAUGUAAUUAUUGAAUUGCCAGUGACAUUGAAGUUUAACUGAUAAAUAAUUUCACCUUAUAAGUAAAACUUUAGGUUAAUUAAACAUAUAUUUUUGUACUUUCUCCAAAAUAUAGAAAAUAUAAUGUUAUGUACAUAAUUAUUUUUAAAUUAUGUUCAUAUAAUUAUAUCCUGUAAAUUUGUACCAAAUAUAUUUUUCAC